CGGAGAGUGGAUACAAAGUAAGCUCCGCUAGCGAAGCCGUGUCUCAGUGCCUUUACAGACGACUAGCGAGAUGGUCAACUACAAACGGGUGGUAUGCGAGGUGGCAGUGUUGCUGGUGGUACUAUCCGUCACCACCGCCGCACCUGCCGCUGAUUGCACUCAUGCGCAUUACGAUCAACGGCAGAAUGGAACAGAAAACUAUCGCUUGAACAUCGACGGUGUUGUUAUAGCAGUGGCACCAGCGGAGUCACUUCUUGAAGCAGCCUCAGACCUGAGUGACUAUUUUGAUAUGACAAGUAUUGAUGUGUUACUUAAACCGAGUAGUGAAAGUCCAUCUACGAAGCCCCAAGAAAGUCUUAAGCCCGAUGCCGAAAAGCCCCUCAGUGACGUCAGUCUCAAUUCAGACUUGCCCGCCCAAAAAAAAGAUGCAUCAGUCAGGAAACAGGAGAAAGCUCAAAGACUGAAACACCGUCUUGCUAAUGCUAUAAUACCGUUGCUCCGAAGAACGCGCCAUCAAUAAAGUGAACAUGUAUAAAAAUCAGAAAUAAUAUUAAGGCUACGUGUGAUCUGCAAAGUGCAUUUAUUAUGUAUAAUAAUUUAAAUCUAAGUUGUAAGAUUGUAUGUGAAUUGUUUUGUUGAAAAUAAAUGAUAAUUUUUUAUUGAAAAAUCC